AUGUCCACGAGUACCAAGCAAAUUCACGAGCCCGGCACCACCGACGGGUGGCAUGGCGUCAUACCAAGCACUGAAUUCCCCGUCGAAAAAGAUCGCUAUCAUCUUUACAUCGGCUACUUUUGUCCAUUCGCACAUAGAGCAAACUUCGUGCGCCACCUAAAGGGCCUUACCGACUUCAUUGGCCUCAGUAUCGUGAUGCCGUACCCGAAAGGCGAUUCCAAAGGCUGGCCCGGAUGGCGAUUCCCUGCAUCUGAAGACGAGUAUCCCGGUGCAACAGUCGAUCACCUUUUCGGAGAGGACUAUCUGCACAAAAUCUAUUUCCGCGCCGAUCCGGACUACAAAGGACGGUAUUCGGUACCUUUGUUGUGGGACAAGAAAAGCGGCACAAUUGUGUGCAAUGAAAGUGCGGAGCUUCUACGCUGGCUGCCAAAGGCAUUUGAUCAGUUCCUUGAGCCAUCGGUCGCGUCAAUCGAUCUGUACCCGGUUCAUCUACGAGCACAAAUCGACGAAAUCACACCAUGGAUGCAGUCCGACGUGAACGCCGGUGUCUACAAAGCCGGAUUUGCGAACACGCAGGAAGACUAUGACAAGAACGUCGUUACUGUCUUUGCUGCGUUGAAUAAACUCGAGCGCCUCGUCGUUCAGAAUGGCGGUCCGUUUGUACUCGGGAAAGAAAUCACCGAACUGGAUAUUCGACUGUAUGCCACACUGAUUCGCUUUGAUACGGUCUAUGUUCAACACUUUAAAUGCAAUCUCGGCACUAUCCGGCAUGAUUAUCCUGUCUUGAAUAAUUGGUUGAAGGGGAUGUAUUGGAAUGUCGAUGCAGCCAAGGCAUCGACGGAUUUCAAGCAUAUCAAGGAAAAUUAUACCAAAAGUCAUUAUGAUAUCAACCCCAAGGCUAUUACGCCAAUGGGCCCUUUCCCCGAUGUUGAAGAGGGUUUCGAGGAUGAUUGGGCUAAGUUGAAAAGUGGAGGAGUCCUGCACCCAGCAGUUGUGAAAUCUCGAAUUUGA